AUGCCUGCCGAUUCAAAGCAGUGUACCAAGAAACUGUCUCAUCACACACUUUUGUCAUGUUACACUCCAAUCAAAACCCAUCCAAUGCUGUCCAAAAUCUUGAUCAGUAUGGUGUGCGAGGAUGGGGUGGAGUUGCUAUCUCCUUGCGGGAAUUAUCGGUGCCACUCAAGACAACAUUCGAUAUCGGAGAGACGGGGGACUGGCUACGAGCCGCAGACCCCACGUUUCUCAUACUGCGUUGCACAAUUCAUCGGCCAGAAUGUGAUUAAAUUUCCGGGAUUCCGGAGUGCGUCAAGCUCGACGAUUUUCGGUUGCUAUCGAUGCGGUUGCAACACGGCAGGUUUGUCGAGCUGUCGCACCCUGGGCACCCUGUACUUUUCAUCUGAUGCUACGAGCAUGUCCGAGCCCCAUUGCGACAAAACUCAUACAGAUGAUUCACAUCUCCCCAAGGGUGGUUGCAGAUUCAUUCUGCUACAUCCUGAAUCAAAGCAGCUGCGAUGCGCGUGCGUUGGGUUUGCAUCCAACAGAUCCAUCCCAGGCAGUUUGUGCCAAUGCGGACACCAGGCAGUAUAUCACAAUUCAGACCCAGAAUCUUCCAGUAAAGAAGAAUUAGAUGCGUUGAAGUUGAGGAUUAGUACUCUCGAGGGGGAGCUAGAUCGAGAACGGCGUAUAGGGAGAGGUGGCUUGUUUGAUCGGCUUAUUAAAGUAGAAGAGCUCGUUGAAAAAGAAAACUUGGAACACGAAGUUGAGAUUCGAAAUAUUCAUCGUGGCAUCGGCGGUCUUUGGCAGAACGUUGGCCUCUUGAACAAGCGGACACCAUAUUACGAUGAUCGGAUCGAAGCAUUAGUGGAUGACGUACACAGAAUUCAUGCUAGGAUGAUCGAGUUGGAUGAUGCGUCAAUGAAAGUAGAAGAUAGAGUAGACGCUCUUGAAAAUGAUUCGGCACGAACUCUUGCACCUUCAAAGAGGAUUCGACGAAGGAAACCAUCGACGCCUCCUACUGCGAAUUUGCAGAUCGCAAUUGAGAACACGACAAGUUCUGGAGAAGGUGAUGCUAUAGGGGAUUUCAAAGUGCCUAUAAAUGGUUUUGUAUCAGGUCAGGAAUUCCCGGAAAGAGAUCUGUCGGGUGAUCGAUGUGGAACCUUUUCAUGGACUGUACACGUCUCCCUUAUGCCCACAUCAUCCCAACCUUUCCCAUUCGAAAAGGACACGGCAGCUUACAAAAGAUGCCUAUCUCGAGGCUUGCAUCAAAAGAUAGCUGUGUCCGACACAAAUAGUGAUUCUUUCAAGGAGGCCGUGAGUUCUGCUUUUGCGCCAAUCCUGCGAGGAAGGCCUUGGCAACCACUUGUGGCCAAGAUCUGUGAUGUCAAAAAUCUAAGAGGCCUUCCUAUGCUUCGACAACUAGACGAACAGUUAGCCUUCAGUGAUUAUGAUGUUGACUUCUUGAAGAAAUAUUGCGCUGUCCUUGACGGGUUUGGUCAAAUUGAAGACUUAUAUAUUGCUAUGACCGAAGAUACAAUAACUUGGGUCGAAAUGCGCGAGCUAGAGCAAUUUCUUCCAGGAUUGGAGUCUGCAUGGUCCCAUAGUGCGUACCUGGAUGGAACACGGGUACAUAUACCACUUCAAGCAAUGAAGGAUGAAUCUAGUGAAGCCACAGCCUCCAAACAAAAAUCGGCAGAUGACAUAUUGCUAUCAUUACCAGCUGCUGAAAAUUCGACAUCGAGCAUAAUGCUAAAGAGACACGCGUCAAGGAUAUCUAGAACGUCAAGCUUCGAUUCAUCAAUUGAAGGAGAAAAGCCUAGAACAAAAUUGAGACAACUCUACAAUGGUGCAGGAGUGGACAUAGGCAGAUGUGCUAAAAUUGUUUGA